UCCCUGUCAGGAGAUAAGGGAAAGUGGCCAUUAUUAUAGGUGUCCUCAGUAUUGAUCAGUAGUAAUGGAAAGUGCCCCACAAUAUUUACGAUCUGUCAAAAUAAACACAACUAUCUGUGUACAUGUGCAUUGAAAUGCGGUUUGUAAGUAAUGACGGCACAUUUGAUGUGUUUAACUUCUUCGGGUGGGUUGCCUCUUUUUACGAGGAAAAGAGGCGAUGGAGAAACGCUUCCAUUCUCGAUUGUGGCCUCAUUGAAUGGUGUUCACAUGUUUGGAAAGUCUCAAAACAUGGUUUUAAAGAGCACUUCUACAGAAGAUAUGACUGUUGUCUGGCAAACCAUGGAAGACAGCCUGGUGCUGAUUGCUGCCGCCUACGGGGCGAGUGAGUCCUUGCUGGAGCAACUGCUGACGUCCGUGUUCCACGCCAUGGUCCUGACAGUCGGCAUCGGCGAGCUCCGCUCCCCGCGCAACAUCGAGAGGCUAAAGCGGGAGCUGAGAGCCUGCUACCCUCUGCUGGACAGGCUGCUUGAGUGCCUCGACAGCGGCGACAGAUCUCUCAGGACGGACCUGCUGGGCUUGGUGGAGAUAGUGCUGUGCUCGGAGAACUACUUACUUCAGAACUUCGUGGAGGCGUAUGCGGAGAGCGUGGACUCGUUGUACGGCUGCCUGAUGGUGCGAGGGCGCGUCGCCGUGGCGACGGCCAGUUGGUGGGAGCUGCACCCCGAGGAGAAGAAGCUGUUGUCCCUCCUGGUGUCCGGGGACGACACCUGCACUGCCAGGGACAUCCCCGUGUUCCUUCCCUUGAAGAGCCCUUCGGUGCCGUUCCGCCUGGUGACGGUGCUGCUGGCAGGCGGGGCGGAGGCGUGCGUGCUGUGCGGGCCGGCGCCGUCCCUCGGCGAGGCCGAGCAGGCGGCCGCGCGGGGCUGGCGCGGAGCUCUGGGGCUGCUCCGCUCAGCCGCGCAGUCCUGCCCGCGCGGCUUCCCCGCCGCCUUGCAGCUCGACACCGGCGUCAUGGGGCUGCUCCUGAUCGACCGGUCGUGCGGGAAGUUCCUGCUGAGUCGGAACCAGAGCUCGGACGGCAGCGAGGACGCGCGCUCGCCGAGCGGAGCCCACCGCCUGGACGUGCUUCGCACGUUCUACCACCAGGCAGCGCUGCCGUUCUUCGCUCAGCCCCGACCUGACAGCCCUGAAAGCACUCCGGCCCUGGAGACAUACUGGUGCUCCGAGUACCACAAGUGUCACGCCCUUCGUUCCGGAGUGACGUUAUUGCUCGUGCUGUAUGGUUCUGCAGUUCCUGUACACACAAUGAGGCUAAUUACUCGUCGAACCUUGAAGUUCCUGACUUCAGACAAACAGCUUUGUUGGUGAUAGCUGCUGCUGUUUGUCUGCUCUUACAGUGCACCAAGAACUGGACCUCAGGUUUAAAGAACAUCUUCAGUUUCAGUGCAUUUGAAAAUGUGGAGAAAAGUAUUUCAGUGUGUACCAUAUUGGUUCUCAUUUCAGUGAAACGUACUAACAUACACUACCAUGCGGUAGGGAGAUAAAUAAAUUGCCUGUUAUCAUGGGUUAAAAGUGUGCUUCACAAUUAAUGCUUUGUGACGCAGUCAAAUGCAAAUAUUUUAGUGAUUUUACAUAGGAGUAGUGAAAUGUCGCUCUUAGAUGGCAAGAACUAGAGUGCUUCCAUUUAUUUUCUUGUAAAAAUGUUGAACACUUGUACAAAAAUAAGAGACUGUAAGACUCUAAGCCUAUGUUAGAAUGUACUAUAUUUUAUUAUUUUUAUUUAUUUUGACAUCAAUUAUUAACUCUUGAAAUUGUGAAACUAUAUGUAGCUUAUUUGUUUACUAAUCAUAUUUAUUUGCACAAGUUCUGGUGAGAACUAACCUUUAUCCUUAUUACUAUUCAUCUCGUGUAAUCUGCGUUGUGUGUUGGUGAAAUGCUCUCGGCACAUGUAUAAUGUGUCACAGCUGUAAUUGGUUGAAGCUUCUCGCAUAACAAUCCAACACAUCUUGCUAUUUUGAAACUCUUUUCUUUGAUUUCUUUUAAAAUCAUAAAAGGUUUGUGUUUCUAGUUUUUAUAAUUGUAUUUUUGAUUAAAAUAGUUCAUAAAAUAACACUUCCUGGUACUUAACAUAAGUUUUAAUAAAUUUUCUAUAAAAAUAAAUUUAAAAAAUUAUGCACUUAUCCAAAAAGUGACAAAAAUUAAAUAUUCUUUUUUUUCUACUUAUUGUCUUAUUCACAUAAAAUUAAUAAUAAUAUCAAUUGAGUACCUGAACGAUAUGCCUCAUUUUGAUAAAUUAUUUAUUUUAAUAAUUCUAUUUAAUAAAUUAAAAUAAAACUGCUGUUUGAUCAUUUUUCACUAACAAUAAAUUACCAGUAUAUUAGAUAACAUGUAUGUAGUAACUAAAAAUACACAUCCAUCACAAAACUCAAAACUACUAAGAAUUACUAUUUUCAGUAUUUAGUAAGAAUAAUGUAAAAUGUGUCAAAGAUUUGCGGGAUUGAUAUCAUAAUUCAUACCUAAUUUUAAUUAAAAGGAAAUACGCAAUGUCUCCAAGCCAUGCUUAAAUUUCGUGUAAUGUGGUGGCAUUUUGGAGUGGCCAUUAGAUAUCAGUAAUAAUUUUUCCUCUCACUCUCUCUUUUAUCCUCCUACCCCCUCCCUUCUCUCUCCUUCCCCCCUUCCCAAUCCCAUCGUAUUCCAGACAAUUACUGCACCUCAAGUCAUCCAUUCUCCUGGUUGACACAAGAACAACAGAUCUGACCUUCAUCUUAUUAGAACUUUGCAGUGCAUAUUUUCUUGGAUAAUUAUAAUGAUUUUCAAUUUCAUUUGUAGCAUGAAUGUUUGUGAAAAGGAUAAUGGUAUAAAAGACUGAAAACCUUUUAAAACCGAAUUAUAUGUUACUUGAUAUUUUACACAGCAAUGAAUUGAAUUUGUAUCCUUAUAAAAUUAUAAGUAGGUAUAGUUAAAAUAAUCUAGAUGUAUUUACUUAGAUUUGU